GCGGGAAGGGCCGCGACAACACAGCCGGCAGGGACGGGGCCGGGCACCAGCAGCGUGCCCCGCUAUCCCCUGGAUACCCCCGCCUACCGCCGCUGCGGGCGGCGGCCCAGCCCACCGCGGAAAAUAUUUACUGUCUCUUUCCAGUGUUGAAAUUGAAGCUGAGAAGCAGAAAAGAUGUUGGAAACAAUUGAUACACAUCGGGCCCUCCAGGCAAUGGAGCGCUUACAGGCAAAACUUCGGGAUCGAGGUGAUAUUGCAAAUGAGGAGAAACUGAGCCUAUUAAAAUCAGUGCUCCAGAGUCCUCUCUUUAACCAAAUUCUGAGCCUUCAGACUUCUGUUCAACAACUGAGAGAUCAGGUAAAUAUUACACCUUCCAUACAUUCCAGCGGUGAAUUCCCUCAGCUUCUCCAUCAUGGUGUGAACAUGGGGUCCUUGCCACUUAAUGAGUCAUAUUUGUUGGCUCAGCAGAAUGGUAGCCCAGCUGAUGUGUUAGAGGCAUCAAUGAGAUCCAUUACUCCUCAGAUUAAUGGGAAAUUUUCUAGUGAUGACUUUGAGCAGCUGAUCAGAAACAUGUCCCAGGGUCGUCUGGUUGAGACAAUUGACCUUAUUAAACCUCUAAGUGGUGGUCUGGGCUUCAGUGUUGUGGGACUCAAGAGUGAAAACAGGGGAGAACUAGGAAUAUUUGUGCAAGAAAUCCAGGAGGGAAGUGUGGCACACAGAGAUGGAAAGCUGAAGGAAGCAGAUCAAAUCCUUGCUAUUAAUGGACAAGCCCUUGAUCAGACAAUUACACAUCAACAGGCUAUCAGCAUUUUGCAGAAAGCAAAAGAUAAUGUCCAGCUAGUUGUGGCUAGAGGCACUUAUCCUCAGCUCAUCAGUCCUGUGGUUUCCCGGUCUCCAUCUGCUGCUAGCACUGUUUCAGCCCAUUCCAACCCGGUUCACUGGCAGCAUGUGGAGACCAUAGAGCUGGUGAAUGAUGGCUCAGGUCUGGGAUUCGGGAUAGUGGGAGGAAAGUCAACUGGAGUGAUUGUUAAAACCAUCCUUCCAGGAGGGGUGGCUGAUCAGCAUGGAAGAUUAUGUAGUGGAGAUCACAUCUUAAAAAUUGGUGAUACAGACCUAGCUGGGAUGAGCAGUGAGCAGGUGGCACAAGUUCUAAGGCAGUGUGGAAAUAGAGUGAAACUGGUAAUUGCAAGAGGUCCUGUUGAGGAGUCACUUCUACCAGCAGUUCCUCCAGGUACACCAGUACCCACCUCUACCCCAGAGAAACAGGAUGAUGCUUCUGUUGACAGCUGUGAAGAUGGGGAGAAAUUCAAUGUUGAACUCACUAAAAACAACCAGGGUUUAGGAAUAACUAUUGCAGGUUACAUUGGAGACAAGACAUCAGAACCUUCUGGUAUCUUUGUGAAAAGCAUUACAAAAGGCAGUGCUGUUGAACAUGACGGCAGAAUCCAUGUGGGAGAUCAAAUUAUUGUUGUAGAUGGAACAAAUCUUCAGGGUUUUACUAACCAGCAAGCAGUUGACGUUUUGCGGCACACAGGACAAACGGUUCGGCUCACUUUGAUCAGAAGAGGUCUUAAGCAGGAAAAUCGUAUUCCACCCCAGGAGGACUUAAGUGCUCCUGUUGAAAAAGACUUACUAUUCCAAACAAUGGAUGGUACCACAGCCAAAGAUAACAAUGAAACAGAACAGGGAUCCCCAUCACUGCCAUGCAAUGCCAGUGUGGUAAAUAUUGGAGAUGACAUGAAACAACAGGAAACAGGUUCUCAAGAUUUCCAGCUAAUUAGUACAGAAGAAGCAGCCGCUAAGAUAAAAUGGCAGAGGAUUAUGGGUUCGAAUUAUGAAAUAGUGGUGGCUGUGGUUAACAAAUUUAGUGAAAGCAGUGGGUUAGGGAUAAGCCUUGAAGCUACAGUGGGUCAUCAUUUCAUCAGAUCUAUCUUACCUGAAGGGCCAGUUGGACGAAGUGGCAAGCUAUUCAGUGGAGAUGAACUGCUGGAAGUGAAUGAGAUUUCUCUCCUUGGAGAAAACCACAAGGAUGUGGUCAGUAUCUUGAAAGAGCUGCCUAUUAAGGUGACAAUGGUGUGUUGUCGUCCAGUCGCUCCACCUGUCACUCAGCCAGAAAUACUAGAGAGUCUAAGUCUAUCUGAAGUUGAGCUCACAGAAAAGAUUCUCAAGUGUUUACAUUUUAUUGGUGACUGUUUACUCUUUUUCUCAGGGCCACGAUUUAGCAUAUUGGACUAUCAGGAUCCCGUUGAUCCAGCAAACACUGUAAUUGUGAUUCGCUCAUUAGUUCCUGGGGGUGUGGCUGAGCAAGAUGGCAGGCUUCUUCCUGGAGAUCGACUUAUGUUUGUCAAUGAUAUCAACCUGGAAAAUGGCAGCCUGGAGGAAGCAGUGCAAGCACUGAAAGGAGCCCCAACAGGAACAGUUAAAAUAGGAGUUGCCAAACCAUUGCCUCUUUCACCUGAGGAGGGCUAUGUCUCUGCUAAGGAAGAUUGCUUUUUCUACACUGCCCAGCCACUUGAGGAGGAGGGGCCAGCUGAUGCAGCCCUCUUCCAUGCUGAGCUGGCUCUGGUGGACUCUGGCGAGGCAGAUCUAGCGGAUGAGUCCACCUUUGAAUCACAGUAUUCUCUAGAGAGAGACGUCUUCCAGGAUUCAGUGACAGCUCUGCAAGACAGUGCCUGUAGCAGUGAGGUGAACAACAGCUUCUCUCUUCCAUUAUCAUCUCCCAAGUCUGUCGGAGAGGAAUGCCCAAGUGCUGCAGCUGAUUUCCAUGUAUCUGACAAGAAUCUGUACAACAUGAAUCUGAAUCAGAGACUGAGAGAUGAAAAGCCUGUAGUGGACAGUAGCAUGGAAACUGCAAGUGAUUUUACUAAAACAAAUCUGACUCUGGAGGUUUCAGAUAUCAACCAAAAUGAAAGUGAAAAUACAGCAACAUGGACUGGAUCUCAGACAGCAUCAGAAAUUGUACUAAAUACAAGCCUUGCUACUACCACAUAUCUUGAUUCUAAUGAAAAAGAUCAAUUGCUUUUAGUGGAAAAGAGAUGCCCAGUAUCUUUGGAGGGAAAUUCCACACCCCCGAAUUCAGUGAAAAACAUGUAUGAGAAGACUAUAAUUAUUGCAAAAGGCAAUUCAAGCCUAGGGAUGACAGUAAGUUCCAAUAAAGACGGUUUGGGAAUGAUAGUUCGCAGUGUCAUCCAUGGAGGCUCAAUAAGUCGUGAUGGACGGAUUGGUGUGGGGGACUGCAUCCUGUCCAUUAAUGAAGAGUCAACCACUAACUUAACCAAUGCACAAGCCCGGGCUAUGCUGAGACGACAUUCACUCAUUGGACCAGACAUAAAAUCUUCUCCAGCACCUGCUGAUGAUCAGGCCCUCUGUUAUGUUAUUACAUAUGUGCCAGCAGAAAAUUUAGACGAGUACAGGGCCAGUUUGGGACAACAGACAGAGGGAGCUGUGCCACUUGAACUUUUUCCUUCACAUAUUGUCAGGGAACUCCCAGAGCUUCCAGAACGUGAAGAGGGGGAGGGAGAAGAAAGUGAACUUCAAAAUGCAGCUUUCAGUAACUGGAACCAGCCCAGGAAGGUUGAACUCUGGAGAGAGCCUAGCAAGUCACUGGGGAUCAGCAUUGUUGGAGGACGAGGGAUGGGAAGUCGCCUGAGUAAUGGAGAAGUGAUGAGAGGGAUCUUUAUCAAGCACAUCCUGGAAGACAGCCCAGCUGGCAAAAAUGGAACACUGAAAACUGGAGAUCGGAUUGUGGAGGUGGAUGGAAUUGACCUCAGAGAUGCCAGCCAUGAACAAGCUGUGGAAGCCAUACGGAAGGCAGGCAAUCCUGUAGUCUUUAUGGUACAGAGCAUUAUAAGCAGACCAAGGCCAGAGUCUCUUUAUAGCCCUUCUUCAGCUUCUGCUCCCUAUGGGCAGAAAACUACUAACCCAUUUUAUCGUCAGUCAUCUAAGAACCCUUCCCUGCCUGUCCCGCAGAACAGUGUUUUCAGUAAGCCAGCUGUCUUCAGCAGCACUAACCCAUUUGCUGAUUCUUCUCAGUUCAACACUACUAAGGAGGUAUCGAAUCCAAUUAGGGUUACCUUCCGUUGUUCCCCAACUAACCCUUUUGCUCCCACACCAUUCAAGGCAUUUGGCCAGUCUGAUACAGAACCAGAAAAGACUUCGCCUUGUAACUUGCCUCUGCCCCCUCCUUCAGCAUUUUCAGGAGUGUGCUGUGAUGUUUCACAGUCAUCUUCUAUCAGAGUCCCAGAAGAUGUGGAAAAGGAGGAUGAGUUUGGUUACAGCUGGAAAAAGAUCAUGCAACGCUAUGGAAAUCUACCAGGGGAGCUACACAUGAUUGAGCUGGAAAAAGGAAAGACAGGUCUGGGACUUAGUCUUGCUGGUAACAAAGACCGAUCCAGGAUGAGUGUCUUUGUAGUGGGAAUUGAUCCAAAUGGAGCAGCUGGAAAAGAUGGCAGAUUACAGAUUGCAGAUGAGUUGCUAGAGAUAAAUGGCCAAAUUCUUUAUGGAAGGACUCAUCAGAAUGCUUCUUCAAUAAUCAAAUGUGCACCAUCUAAAGUUAAAGUAAUCUUUAUCAGAAACAAAGAUGCAGUAAAUCAGAUGGCUGUUUGCCCUGCAAAGUCAGUAGAGGCUUCACAGUGUACUUCGGGGACACUUCAACACCAAGAGAUUGAUAUCAGUGUUGCAAACCUGAGUGCAUUUUCUGACUUGAGUUCAUGUAAAAACAUUCAGUAUGUGGAACUUCCUAAGGAUCAAGGAGGCUUUGGAAUUGCCAUUAGUGAGGAAGACACGACUAAUGGAGUAGUUAUUAAAAGCUUAACAGAUCAUGGUGCAGCGGCAAAGGAUGGUCGUAUCAAAGUUGGAGAUGUGAUUCUGGCAGUGGAUGAUGAAAUUGUUGUGGGAUAUCCUGUAGAAAAGUUUAUUAGUCUCCUGAAGACAUCCAAAUCUGUGGUGAGGCUUGCAAUCAACCCAGCAGAGACAGAUAACCUGACUACAGCACCAGCCCCUCCCAGUACUGUCCCAGCAGAGAAGAGGAAUAUGCAACCACUGGCAGCUGUCCCCGCUUCCAGCUCACCAGAACCAGAAGCAGUGAAAAACACAAGCAGGUCUUCAACUCCAGCCAUGUUAACCUCUGACCCAGCUACUUGUCCCAUCAUUCCUGGAUGUGAAACAACCAUUGAUAUCUCCAAAGGGCGGACUGGUCUUGGUCUGAGCAUUGUUGGAGGAGCAGACACUUUGCUGGGAGCAAUAAUUAUCCAUGAAGUGUAUGAAGAAGGAGCAGCAUCUAAAGAUGGACGACUGUGGGCUGGCGAUCAGAUACUAGAAGUGAAUGGAAUUGACCUCAGGAAUGCCACACAUGAUGAAGCCAUUAAUGUCCUCCGACAGACACCCCAAAAAGUUCGUCUGACUGUGUACAGAGAUGAAGCCCAGUACAAGGAGGAAGACAUGUAUGAUGUGCUGAAUAUAGAGCUCCAGAAGAAGCCUGGCAAAGGCCUUGGGCUGAGUAUUGUUGGGAAAAGAAAUGACACAGGUGUGUUUGUGUCAGACAUCGUCAAAGGAGGAAUAGCAGAUACAGAUGGCAGAUUGAUGCAAGGAGACCAGAUUUUGACAGUGAAUGGAGAAGAUGUCCGAAAUGCUAACCAGGAGGCUGUUGCAGCUUUACUAAAGUGUUCCUUAGGUACAGUAAGACUAGAGGUUGGAAGAAUAAAAGCUGGGCCAUUUCACUCUGAGAGGAGAACAUCCCAGAGUAGCCAGGUCAGUGAAGGAAGUGGCAGUCUCUCAUCGUUCAGUUUCCCAGUCACUGGGUCUGGUGCACCUGAGGUCUUUGAAAGUGGCAUUAAGAAAAAUACCACAGCUUCUGAAAUACAGGGACUAAGAACAGUUGAAAUAAAAAAGAGCCCUGCAGAUUCACUAGGAGUGAGCAUUGCUGGAGGUGUAGGAAGUCCUCUUGGAGAUGUUCCUAUAUUUAUUGCCAUGAUGCACCCAAAUGGAGUUGCUGCUCAGACUCAGAAAUUAAGAGUUGGGGACAGGAUUGUUAGCAUCUGUGGAACAUCUACCGAAGGCAUGACUCAUUCCCAAGCUGUUAAUAUCUUAAAAAAUGCUUCAGGCACUAUUGAGUUGCAGGUUGUAGCUGGAGGAGAAGUGAGUGUCAUAACUGGUCAGCAGCAGGAUCCACCUAUGUCCAGUCUUUCAUUUGCAGGACUAACUUCAACUGGCAUUUUUCAGGAUGAUUUAGGGCCUCCUCAGUACAAGACCAUUACCCUGGACAGAGGACCAGAUGGCCUUGGCUUUAGUAUUGUGGGUGGCUAUGGCAGUCCCCAUGGAGACUUGCCCAUUUAUGUGAAGACAGUGUUUGCAAAGGGUGCAGCAGCAGAAGAUGGACGCCUUAAGAGAGGGGAUCAAAUCAUUGCUGUGAAUGGACAGAGUUUAGAAGGGGUGACCCAUGAGGAAGCUGUUGCUAUUCUGAAAAGGACAAAAGGAACAGUCACUUUGACUGUAUUGUCAUGAACUGGCUGCCUGAUGGGUUAGGGUCAAUAAGACAAUAUUGUUUAUUUUCCACAUAGAAAAGAGAAUGAAAAUGUUUGUAGUCUUCUUGCUCUUUCAGCUUCACAGGAAUGUGUAACAACACUGAAGAAAAGUAACCUUUAACCAUAUUUUUAUAUAGAUUAGAAGUACUCUUCCUGUCAAACCACUGGGAUGAAGUUAUGUUAACUAUGGAAACACAUGGACAUUUUUCCUAUUAGUAAGUCAUUACAAAAAUAAUGUUUUCAUUAAUAACCACACAAGAAAACUGAACUGUUUUGGUAGGAGACUUUGGAUAUUUGAAUAAUGUUGCAAAAAAGGUUAAAUUUACCAAGUCAGCAAGGGGUUACAUGGGUAGCAGUAGUCUGAAAACAGGAAUAAAGUUAUUGAAGAAAGAAAGUAUUACUAAGACAGAGAAUUGGGAGAUCAGAAGAAAAGUAUGUAAUCUGUAGGGAGAUGGUUAGUAGGCUAGAUGGUUCUUUGGAAGUAGAUUAUUUUUAAGGUUUCUUUCAACCUAAACUGUUCAAUGGCCAUAUAGUUUCACAAUGCUCAAGUAGAAGGAACUAGGUUGGUGACUUGGGUGGAUUAUUUUGCUUGUCUUUUUGUGUGUUUAAAUUUACUAAGUCAUGGUGUAUCGGAAAAAAAAAAAAAAAGAAGAAUGUGUUUCACUUGGCUUAGGUUUGAGGGUUUCAUUAUGUUGUCGGCAGGGGAGGGGUGGUGGUGAUGGUGGUUUUGGUUUUUGUUUGUUUUGUUUGUGGGUUUUGUGGGACUUGUGCUUAGGGCUGAAAAAUACAUUAGUAGUGGAAACUAUUCCUGGUGGUUGAGAAUGCCCAGCAACUACAGCAUUAGAAGAACUAGACUUUUAACAUGUGGAUAUUUUAUAGUCUGUAUGGGUGAAAACAACUUUCUUGAUAUGAAGUGUCUCAGCAAAGGUUGUCCUAUUCCAACAUGCUAGACUAUGUACAGGUCAGUGCAGAUAUUUCUGCAAGCUGCUUGUGUCAGAGCUGUGAACAAAUCUCUCAGAGCAGCUCUGCUUAGCUGCAAGCAGAUGUCUGGAUAUUGCCAGUGUCAAAGGAGUUGAUGUUAAUUGUGUUGCUGCCAUUAUCAUUAGGAGCAAAGGUAGAGUCCUCCUUGAAUCAAGGAGGCAUACAACCUGGAGUGAUGGGUUGAGGAUGGGUAAAGACCUGAAAAUGCCUCACAGUGAAGGAGAGUAGUAAGACAGCAGUGAAGGCUUGCAUCAGUAAUAAGCAGAAGAGGAGCUUUGACAGCUACAACUAUUAUUUUGGGGAUAUUAAUUUUAGAGGCACUAAUAAAAGUGUCCAGUAAGUACAAUGCAACCGUGGAGCUAUUCUUUGAUCAGCAGCAUGGUUAAUAAAUGCAUCACUUUCUCAUCACUAAAAAUAUCUAAAAACUGCACUCAAUGAAACACUUAGCUGAUUGUAACCUGCCUGCCUUUGCCUGCCAUGCUCUUAGGAAUCUGGCAGAUAAAACAUGCUUUUCCCAUUAUUUAUUUUCCUGCAGAAAAAUUCAGCUGAGUCUUUUGAGGAAGGAAGAUACCAGUCAAACUAGUAUGCUAUUUAACAGCAGGAUGCUUUGUGUUAAUUAGCAGAAAUGGAAUUUUAGCAAGGCCACUAUCUCAACUAUCACUUAAGAUAAGUAUGAACUGAAAAUGCAGGCAAUGGUCAGGCCAUUAUUAGGGGAUAAUACAAAAGACUAGCAUUCAUUUUAGUGGGUCACUAAAGCAGUAUUAGGAGUGUCUGUCAAAUAGUAUUAACAAACUGAUAGGUAUGUGUAAGUGAAUUAACAAAAAAAAACCUCCACUCUCUUUGUCUUUGUAACUAUUCUAGAAUUUACACUGUGGUAGGCUAAGAUGCAGUAAGCUAGUUGGUACCAUUACUGGAUGCUGCUGUUACUGAAUUGCUUUAGUACUCAUUCCUUGUGUAGAGUAAGAAAUGCCUACAUUAGAGUAUGUAAAGUCACUUUAAAUAGUAUCUAUAUUUGUAACAGAAGUAGUGUACAGCUAUUUUGUUACUGCUCUUGUGUUACAAUGGGGGAUUUAAAUUAAUAAAUUCCAAACUGUCAUUAUCAA